UUGGUUCCUGUCUCCGUCAUAUUUCGGGGCUCCCUGUCCGAUGCAGCACUUGCUAGCUGGUUAGCAAACUUUGAAACAAAGUUACUCUAGAUAGUUUGGCAUUUUUAAACACAGACGAAAACGCGUCACGGUAACAGGGGCUGAACAAAAUGCCUGCGGUCUCUAAAGGAGAUGGGAUGCGUGGCCUGGCCGUGUUCAUCUCUGACAUCAGGAACUGUAAAAGCAAAGAGGCAGAGAUUAAAAGGAUAAACAAAGAACUGGCCAAUAUCCGUUCGAAAUUUAAAGGAGACAAAGCUCUUGAUGGCUACAGUAAAAAAAAGUAUGUCUGCAAGCUGCUUUUUAUCUUUCUUCUGGGCCAUGAUAUCGACUUUGGACACAUGGAGGCCGUCAACCUCCUCAGCUCCAACAAGUACACAGAGAAGCAAAUUGGUUACCUGUUCAUCUCAGUGCUAGUGAACUCUAACAGCGACCUGAUCCGUCUUAUCAAUAAUGGCAUCAAGAAUGACCUGGCCAGCCGCAACCCGACCUUCAUGAACCUGGCCCUGCACUGCAUUGCCAAUGUGGGCAGCAGAGAAAUGGCUGAGGCUUUUGCCUCUCAAAUUCCCAGCAUCUUAGUGGCAGGGGACACGAUGGACAGCGUGAAGCAGAGUGCAGCGCUAUGUCUCUUAAGACUCAACAGGACCUCUCCUGACCUGGUGCCUAUGGGUGAAUGGACAGCACGAGUGGUCCACCUGCUUAAUGACCAGCACCUGGGAGUGGUCACAGCAGCCACCAGCCUUAUUACCACACUAGCCCAGAAGAGUCCUGAGGACUUCAAAACAUCCAUCUCACUGGCUGUGGCCAGGCUCAGUAGGAUUGUGACUUCGGCAUCCAUCGACCUUCAGGACUAUACAUACUACUUUGUUGCUGCACCAUGGUUGUCUGUCAAAUUGCUGCGCCUGCUCCAGUGCUACCCUCCACCUGAGGAUGCAGCGCUGCGAAGUCGUCUGACAGAGUGUUUGGAGACAAUCCUCAACAAAGCCCAGGAGCCACCCAAGUCCAAGAAGGUCCAGCACUCCAACGCAAAGAAUGCUGUUCUGUUUGAAGCCAUCUCUCUCAUCAUCCACCACGACAGUGAGCCCACUCUGUUGGUACGAGCCUGCAACCAGCUGGGCCAGUUUUUGCAGCACAGGGAAACCAACCUGCGUUAUUUGGCUUUGGAGAGCAUGUGCACACUGGCCAGCUCUGAGUUUUCUCACGAGGCAGUGAAGACGCAUAUAGAUACUGUGAUCAACGCUCUGAAGACAGAGCGAGAUGUGAGUGUUCGCCAGCGGGCCGUGGACCUGCUCUAUGCCAUGUGUGACCGCAGUAACGCCAAGCAGAUCGUGGCAGAGAUGCUCAGCUACCUGGAGAACGCCGACUACUCAAUCAGAGAGGAGAUAGUGCUGAAGGUGGCUAUCCUGGCUGAAAAAUAUGCCGUGGACUACACCUGGUACGUGGAUACCAUUCUCAACCUCAUCCGCAUCGCCGGUGACUACGUCAGUGAGGAGGUGUGGUAUCGUGUCAUCCAGAUUGUCAUAAACCGAGAUGACGUCCAAGGCUACGCGGCCAAGACUGUCUUUGAGGCACUACAGGCUCCCGCCUGCCAUGAGAACCUGGUGAAAGUCGGGGGUUACAUCCUAGGAGAGUUUGGCAAUCUUAUUGCAGGAGACUCGCGCUCCAGCCCUCUGGUCCAGUUCAACCUGCUCCACUCCAAGUUCCACCUGUGCUCUGUGCCAACUCGGGCGCUGUUGCUGUCCGCCUACAUCAAGUUCAUUAACUUGUUUCCAGAAGUGAAGGGCACCAUCCAAGACGUCCUGCGCUCAGACAGUCAGCUCCGCAAUGCUGACGUGGAGCUCCAGCAGAGAGCUGUGGAGUACCUGAGGCUCAGCUGCAUCGCCAGCACUGACAUACUGGCCACAGUUUUAGAGGAGAUGCCUCCAUUCCCAGAGAGAGAGUCUUCAAUCCUGGCGAAGCUGAAGAAGAAGAAGGGCCCAGGCAACCUGCCCGACAUCGACGACGCCCGCUGGAAUGUCAACGGCAACACAGAGCACAGCGAGAACAAUGAGGCCGCAAACAAGUCUUCUCCUUCACUGAUGGCAGACCUUCUUCCCACCAACAGACCUCGCCCUGCUUCCUCUAGUCCCACCAUACACUCUGCUGGGACCAUGGCUCCCAGCCACCCCUUCACGGACCUGCUGAAUCUAAACUCCCCCCCUGCAACAGGAGCCAGUCUGCUUGUGGAUGUCUUGUCUGAAAGCUCCACCCCUGCAUCCAUAGAGGUGUCUGAGGAAAAUUUCUCCAGGUUUGUUUGUAAGAACAACGGUGUGAUCUAUGAGAACCAGCUGUUGCAGAUUGGACUGAAGUCUGAGUACAGACAGAACCUGGGUCGCAUGUAUGUGUUUUACGGCAAUAAGACAUCGACCCAGUUCCUCAGCUUCUCUGCAUCAGUGACCUGUAACGACACACUCAAGACUCAGCUGAACGUCCACUCGAAGUCAGUGGACCCCACAGUAGAAGGUGGGGCUCAGCUGCAGCAGAUCCUCAACAUUGAGUGUGUGUCAGAUUUCACCGAUGCUCCAGUGCUCGACAUCCAGUUCAGGUACGGUGGAACUCUUCAGAACAUCGCAGUGAAACUUCCUGUGAUGCUCAACAAGUUUUUUCAGCCCACAGAGAUGACAUCCCAAGAAUUCUUCCAGCGCUGGAAACAGCUUGGACUUCCUCAGCAAGAGGUUCAGACAAUCUUCAAAGCCAAGCACCCGAUGGACAGAGACGUUACCAAUGCCAAGAUUUUAGGUUUUGGUGUAGCUCUGCUGGACGGGGUAGAUCCCAAUCCUGCAAACUUUGUUGGAGCUGGAGUCAUUCACACCAAGAACUCUCAGGUGGGCUGCCUCCUCAGACUGGAGCCCAACACACAAGCACAGAUGUACCGUCUCACCGUCCGGACCAGCAGGGACUCAGUGUCUAAGAGACUGUGCGAUCUCCUCUCUGAACAGUUUUAGACUUCACACAGCACCAGCAUUUCUACUCCUUCACUCUCCUAGUCUCACUUUAGAUAGAAAUGAUGUUUUGUACAGUGUAAAUUUUUUUUUUUUUAUUUGACUUACUCCACAUGUAAAUGAAGUGAAAUGUAUUUUUCGCACAAAGCUUUACUAAUAUGACACUGCUUUAAACCUGCCUCGUGCACUCACACUGAGCACCUUAGCCGACAUGUUGUGGAGGGUGCAGGCGGCUCUGAAUGCUUCUCUGUGGUGUUCUGCAGCUCUAGAGCUCUGAACAGUUUUCAAAUUGUGUGUUUUUGCUGCUCAAGUACUGCCUUUCUUACUCAAACAUUUUGAAGAGUUGGUAAAGAAGCAUUAAUGAGACUGAGGUAGUUAAAAAUCUCAGCAGGAUUGUAAACUUACCAAUGAUCUCAACAAUGAAUCCAGUUGUUCUGCUAGUGUUUCUGUGAGAUAUGUUUUCUUGUAGUGUUUCAAAAAAUUAUGCACAAAAAUGGGAAGUUUUUUUUGCUCAACUUCUCGCCCAUAUUGCACUUGUUGAGUAAAAAAUUAGAUCACAUAAGUAGAUGAGAUAGAUUUAGAUUAGAAUUUAUUCACCAUUUUUACACAUCUGUCAUCUCAGGAGGAAAAGAAAAGCUUUGCAUUUUGGUAUUUUUACCAAAUAAUAGACUUUGGAUGCUACAAGUUUUGUUCUGUGGUGGGAAAUUUUGAGCUAUAUUGUGUAUAAAGUUUACACAUAGAAUUCAGGCACUUCAGUAAAAUAGCAAAAAAAAAUCUAUAUAUAAAACACUAGGUAGCAAAAGGAUCUCAGUUUUUGAUAGUUACAAAAUGUUUUGUCUGAUAUAGUUUCCACAGUUGUGCCUAUGAGCUUGUUUCUCUGUCAACAACAGAUGAGCCUUCAAUUAGACAAAAGUAAUGUUAAAUAGGUCUAAAGCACUGCCACACUGUCACACUACUUUCACCUAAAUGCUUUUAUUCUCAGAGCACUGCCAAACUUCAAAUAUUUCUGUAUUUUAGUAACAUAUGGUGUAUUUUCUGUUUUAUUAAGUGUAUGUUUAUUAUAAUCCUUAUUGGAUGCUUGACAUAAAGACUGGCUCUGUCCAAAAGUGUGAAAAAUCUUCCUACCAUCACCUCUAAAGCAAUGUUUUACCAACAAGCUUUGGUUUUACAGAGGGGCUAUGUGCAACAGCAUGAUUCCAGGGAGUCGUCGUGGUUGACAAAUAGAAAUACUCAUAAUCCACCGAAAACAGCAACUUGUCAUAAACGCUGCUGUUUUGCUGUUUUUGUAUUAUAGAGAAACUAAACCCCUCUACUUUUGGCUUUAGUGCCUCCUCCCUAGAAUGUGGAAGAAAGUCACAAAAAUGUGCAGGGCUGAGAGGGUGGCGAAGAUUUGCCCAGUCACUCAAUCAUGCUGCCUCUCGAUCCACGGCACCUCCCUGCCCCCUGAGCACAUACAAAGUAUUCAGUUCCCACCAAAACACCCGUCCAACCAAUCAUGAGCAGCCCUAUUGAAAGAGAGCGCAUGGAUUGGCUGCCACAGCUAUCAAUCAUGGAAAAUCCCCUUUUCUGGAAUUGAAUAACUAAUGUAAACUAAACUUGUCAUAAAAACGAUCACAUGAACAAACAUCAGGGUGAUGAGAACUACCUUCAGUGACAGAAACUAUUGCGGCGAAAAAUGUUUUUGGCAUGCACUUUCAGUUUUUAAUUUGGCAUAUGUUCCGUUCAAUAACAUAGAAGGGUGAGCUUUAUGACCGAUACUGCAGUUAGACACUAGGGGGCGAUCAAGGUUAAAAAGUUACACUUUGGGGGAGCUGUGACGUUGUCGAUCUUUAUAUAUAGUGUAUGAUAUUUAUACACAAUAUGUUGAACCUGAAUCAAUCUAUGAUGCUCUAAAUACCCAUAUAUAUUGCUUUUCAACUGAAAAAGUUGUUUGGGGGUCGAGUUGCUCUUUAAACAAACAAGACAACACUUGUUGGUGGUUAGACUUUCUUCUCAUUGGACUGAGCUAGGCUAGCUUAAUGCUUAGCCUAAUGCUAAGCUCACCAUCUCCUGCUUAGCUUUAUAUUUAACAGACACGAGAGUGAUAUUGAUCCUUAUAUCUAACUCUCAACAAGAAAGCCAAUAAGAGCGUAUGUACCAAAAUGUUAAACUCCGCUUUAAAGAGCUUUUGUCCCAAAAUAUAAUAAUAAUAGAUUAAAUUAGUACGAAGAAUUUUAGGAGAAAUGUAAAGAGAGUAAGAAUACAUUUGUAGAUUGUGUUAAAGGGUUUGACGGAUUCAUGUAAAGGUACCUUAAUCUGUAACAGGGAAGCAUUACUGUGAUGUUUAAACCAUAAAAAUAAUGACCGUUUAUGUCUCUUGAGAUACAGGGUUUCACAUCAUAUUAAGGCCAGUGGACUUGGUCCUUUUGGAAGGCUUAAGAGGAUCUGUUUACUAACCAUCCCAGUGUCACACUGUGCCUUCUGUUUUUCAGCAGCUUAUAUUCAAGAAAGCAAAUGUCAAGGGGUGACAUUUCAUGUACUUUUAAACAAUUGAACAAAGAAGAGCUGUGAAUGACCACUUGACAAUAAGCACUGAUGUUGUUUUCUAGUCUGUUUGGAUACAGUAGCAUGGAAAGGUCAAAUGACCACAUAUUAAAUGUUGGAGGUGUUGCUCAGAGGAACAAACCAAAUAAAAUGUUGGACUUUUUUAGACAGGUUGCUCCAUUUAAGUGCUAAUGUUGCUCAAAAACAUCCAGAUGUGUAAUGAAGCUAAACAAAUUUGUUUUCUUUGUUGGGGUCUUUAUGAGGUGAUAUGUCAAGUGGCUAAAAAAACCCAAAAAACAAAAAUGUUAAUGCGGACUGAACCGCAGCCCAUAGCGCUGGUAUUUCACUCUUUUAGAAUUACAAACUGUACUAUUAUUCAAAUAACUACUCACCGGAUGCAAAUGUCAAGUGCUGUCCAGGUAGAGUACAGGGUUAUGCUAAAUUUUAACCUGGGUUUGGGUCAGAUUUGGGUCAUUGGUACUACAUCCAGUACACUCAGUGCUUACUUUCAGUGUACCAUUUGAACUUCACAAACUGUCCCAAUGCUGUUGUGUGUUUUGUGCUUUCUAACAAAUGGUCAGUCUCUGCCAGACAUUUGAAAAAGAAGAAAAGACUGGAUAUUGUAUUGCUAUUUAAUUGUAAUGUCAUUUCAACAUCCAUUUUUCAAAUAAAUAAUCGGCCUUUGUAAACAAGUUAAAA